AUGAAGAUUUUAGCAGUACUAUGGACGGUGUCUCUGGUGGGACUCUGCCGCUGUGGAGAUGAUGAAGAUGACAGGGCAGUGGAAAUACAUUCCUCUGGGAGGCACCUAGACGUUUCAAGUAUAGAACCAUCCCUUUACAACCUUUAUGGCUGCAAUUAUGACGGGAAUGAGGUCAUUUUUGUUGUCCCUCAAGAGGGUGUAUUGGUGACCAAAGUUCUCCAUUCCACAGCCACAAUUUGGACUCCAGAGGAUGGCGAAAAGUUUGAAUAUGCCAAGGUAUUCCUCAAGGAUGGAAGCCCAAAUCUCCUGGGAAUUAUAAAACGGACACCUGCAGGUCCAAACUGUAGAUGGUAUGCAAGGAAUGGAGAUGUUUGGGAAGGCUGCAAUGAUCAUCUCGCCAGGAUUAAAGCAAUUAGAGUACCAAUCCCCCGCAUAAACCCAUUCAUUCUAAAUAUUGAGGAUGACAGGGAUACUCGGGAAUGUAGAAUAUUCAACAUAAAGCUACUCGGAAUACAAAUGAGGCUGUACUUUGCAAAGCUUGGCUUCCUUGCUACGGAAGUGAGGGAUAACGGGACGCCAAUUUGGAAGGCUGAAGAGGGGAGAAAUGAAGCAUGCAUAUCUGCAAAUCUCUACUUUAUACGUCGAGAGCCAGCCCUCUUGCUUAUUGCAAUAAAGGUUGGAAUGAAGGUAGAAUUUAGAUGCUUUGAGAGGAUAAAUGGAGAGUGGGAUAGGCUAGCUCUUGACGUAUUCAGGAGGUAUAGAAUGGAACUUAUGGAAUCUACAGAUACUUUUAGAGAGCCUUCAAUACCGGGAAGGCAGGAAAGGCCCAGGUGGAGUAAAUUUUUCAAGGGCUCGCAGUCCCACAGGGAGACUGGAACUGGUGGCAGACCUUCAGACGUAGAAAUGACAGUCUUGUCCCGACAUCUUGCGGCCCAUUACAGUCCUGAAGGAGCAGAUGGCGGUGCUGGUGUAGAAUUUUUGAGAGUAGAGGAUGAUUACGACGAGGAUGAUGAAUAUAGCACAGUCCCUCUGGAAGAUUCAGAGUGCUGA